AUGUUAACACGUUAGCGGUGUGAAAGCUCCACACAGGGAGAGGAGAAACGGAGAGUGCGCAGUUACAUCGCUGUUAGCUUCUGUCGCUGUAUGUCGGCCCGUUAACGGCACUCUGACAGCGCGCCAUCACCACCACCAGCAGCAGCAGCAGCAGCACCAUCACCAGCCAGCAGCAGCAGCAGCACCUCCAGCAGCAGCACCUCCAGCAGCAGCAGCAGCAGCAGCGGUCUCUCAUUCAUAAAGUGACAGAUAUGUCUUCACCCAGCACACGUCACACCGUGGUGAAAAAGAAACACGUCCGCUUCGCCAGUAUGGAGGACGACGACGACGACAACGACGACCAGGAGGAGGACACCCUGUUUGACAAGAGGAAGGACACCGGGAGAGGGCUGAAGAGUGCGCUGAAGGCGGUUAAGAGGGCGACCAAACCGGGAUGCGACGACCGGGUGGAAGUGGUCGGCGGAGGAAGUUGCGGCCGCUGGAUGGUCACACUGGCGCUCUGUGCGUCCUUCCUAGGCUUGGGGAUGAGUAUCUCAGUUCUUGGCCCUACGUUCGAGGACCUGGCUGUGAACGUGAAGAAGAACAUCAGCAACAUCUCCUACAUCUUUGUGGGACGUUCUGCAGGAUACAUCGGCGGCUCCCUCUUAGGAGGAGUUCUCUUCGACUGCAUGAACCCCCACGUUCUGCUAGGAUUUUCCAUGCUGGUCACAGCGUUUGGAAUGUGUGCUAUUCCUUUCUGUAAGCAGGCUCUGCUCCUCACCGCGCUCAUGUCCAGCAUCGGGAUCUCUAUGGGUGUUCUGGAUACAGGUGGGAACGUCCUCAUACUGAACACAUGGGGCGAGCAGGCUGGACCUCACAUGCAGGCUCUGCACUUCAGCUUUGCAGCCGGGGCCUUCGUGUCUCCCAUCAUCGCCAAACUGCUCUUCGGUCCCGACGUGAACACCAGCAGCGCCGCAGUCGUACCGACCAACGCGACUACCCCUCUCCCCGUGGUCCCCAAAACCCCCGACACACACACCAACCUCAUCCGCUACGUCCACAGCAGGAGCAGCACGCUAAAAUCCAUGUGGGCCUAUAUCGUGAUCGGCUCCUUCGUCCUCCUCAUCGCCAUCCUCUUCUUCACGCUCUCCUCUCGCAGCAGCACGUCACGUGACAAAGCCCGCACGUCUGCAGGAAAGCCCCUCGUGGCCAAACAUCACAUGGCUCUAGUUGCCCUGCUCUUCUUCUUCUUCUUUGCCUACGUAGGUGCCGAGGUGGCGUACGGCUCCUUCAUCUUCACCUUCGCCAAGGACUACGCCCACAUGGAUCAGUCCCAGGCGGCCGGGCUGAACUCUUUGUUCUGGGCGGCGUUCGCUGCCUGCAGGGGAUUGGCCAUCUUCUUUGCAGCCUGCUUGUACCCGGGGACCCUGAUCCUGCUCAGUCUGGUGGGCUCCACUCUGUCCUCCCUGCUUCUCUGCCUCUUCAGCCAGGAGAAGGUGGCGCUGUGGGUUUGCACGGGCCUCUACGGGGCGUCCAUGGCAACCAUCUUCCCCAGCGGCAUCUCCUGGUUGGAGCAGUACACCACAGUGACGGGCCACACGGCCGCUGUGUUUGUGGUGGGAGCGGCGCUGGGUGAGAUGGUGCUGCCCGCCUUCCUGGGCUUCCUGAUGGGGAAGGUCCAGCAUCACCCUCUGCUGAUGUACCUGGCGCUCAUCACCUCCACCUUCACCUCCAUCCUCUUCCCCGUCAUGUACAAACUGGCCUCAGCCCCCAGCGGCCAAAGUAGGAAGCCCCGCGCCAGGGGCCGACCUACCGCUGACGACAGCGAAUACCGUCAGGCGCUGCUGGAUUCAGGUGCCAACGAUGAAGAGGAGGAUGAGGAGGAGGAGAACGAGGCCGAUCAGUGGAACGAUGCAGACUUUGAGGUCAUUGAGAUGGACGACACGGCCAGUCUCAUCAGCUCGCCCAGCAAGGCGUCCUCUCCUCCUGAUGUCACCGGUCUAACGGGGGGCUCGCCUCCCUCUCACAGCCAGCUCACAGAGCCUGUAGGGGGGGCCUCGUUCUCAGACACCAUCUCUCUGGUGGGAGACUCCCCCAGACGCAAACUGCUGCUCUCACUGGAGAGAGAGAAGAGAGACUGAAACCUCCUCCUGUGCCCCCCUCAAGUGCUGUAGAUCUCUCAGUGAACUGUAGAAGAGCCAUCUGUCUACAUGUCUGUGCUGAUGUGUUGUCCUAACAGUAAUGUACACUUCUUAUUUAACAUGAUUUUUUGGCACUUUAGCCUUUGUGCAGACAGGAAACAGGGGUAAGGAUCCCUGGCUGGAAUUGAACCAGGGACAGUGCAGUGAAGUGGCAUGUGCAGUAACCGUUCAGCUAUCAGGCUGCUUCAUUAUGUACAGAUGAUUUACUGUGCAGUGAACGCAUCACUGACUACUGACUGAAACAUGCAGCUUACAAACAUCCACCCGUCUAUUCAAAGCUUUAGUUUGCACAGUCAGCAUCUUUUAAAGCUUUCGGACUCUUGAUGAUGAAGAAUGAGUUUUGAACUACUGCAACACUACAGACUGUUUGAUAUAAUGUAAAGCUUCAGUUUCCCUCCACAGUGAGGUCAAAGGUCAGGGUAGGCUGCGUAACAGGGCUGGUAUGAAUUCAGUGCCUUGCUCGAGGACACUUGAGCAGAUGAAAGGUGGAUGUUUGUGGACGGGGAGACGGUCACCCUCUUCAUCAUCGCUCCACCCUCUUCAUCAUCGCUCCACCCUGCUGCCAAACUGAUCUUUAAGAACUCUUAUCUCAUUUUGCACUAUAGCAGAGACUUCACAGCAGAUGUGUGACGAUGUGAUGAAGUGGUUUUUUUGCACUAGUCCUGACCUGUUUGUUUCUGUCCUGUACUGUGACGUCAUGUGACUUGUGGUUCUCUAAAGAUCACGUGUUGACACUGUGAGUCAUCUUUUCAAUUGUUGAAAGCAAUCAUUGAAAGAAGGCAUUUUAAUACAUUGACUUUUUAUUAUAUCAAUCUCAAAUUUCCACCCACAGUAAUGUCCAUUAAAAACAAACAAAAACACCUCCUUCAUUAUCAUCAUUUUUUUUUACAUUUAUACAAAUACACAGAUCCUGUGUACGGCUGUACGGGGGA